AUGCAGGUGAUGGAAGGUGAGAUCGCAUGGGAGAGAGCUUCACUGAAGUCAGAGUUCAAGCCCCUCAAGGACUGCCUCAAGUGUCAACUAUGCAAGGACCUCCUCAAGACUCCCAUGAUUCUUGGCUGCAGCCACAACUUCUGCUCGUUAUGCAUCAGACGGUCACUGCAGCACCACAACUUCUGCCCCAUCUGCCGUGAACCUUGUGUUGAGGGUGACCUGCGCAAGAAUGCUCUGCUCGGUCAAGUUGUACAAAUGUACUCAAGUCUCCGGAGCACCGUACUGAAGAAGCAUCAGAAUGGUCAGAUGAAAUCUCAUGGGCAGGUCAAAGUCAUGAACCAGGAUGCUGCAGUCGUUGCCAAACACAUCAGCGGUAAAUACAACUACAACCUGAUGAGCGAGACAGCAUUGAAGAAGCUCUGCAAAGACACAGGGAUCCCAGAGAGUCUGAUAAAAGGGGACAAGAAACAUCUGGAGAAGCUUCACAAGGCACUAUUGAGAGAGUCUGAGUUCUGCAUACGUUUCAAUGCUGAAUGUGAUCGUGGGAUCUCAAAGACAGAGGAUGACCUGAGGGCUCAGAUUAUCAGAGAGCUCGCGCAGGAACAGAACGCGCAGAACAGAACUAAAGCAAACUUCUUCGACCGGAGUACCAAGGGAGAAGUACAAGGUGGGCGAACAUUCGAAGAUCUGAUUCGACAAGUCCGAGAGCGACAGAAGAACAAGAAGAUUUCCAGCUCCGAUUCUCCGGCCAGCAGGCAUGAAGAGUCGCCGGCACGCGAGCAGCCCGUGGGGUCUCGAGGAGAGACUCCGUGCCUGGAGGUCUUCCCGGAGGAUGGGGAGGGGCGGAGGGGAACCUUAUCGGAUGCUCCCGCUCAAGUUUCCAUCCCCCGUCCUGACGAAGUCCCUCCUCCUUGGAUCUGCCUCUACUCACGACGAGCACGCCGUCCUUUCUUCUACAACCCGCUGACGAGGAUCGGGACAUUCCUGUGGCCGGUGGGAUCGGAAGAAGGGCAGAGAGCGUCUGAGAGAGGUGGGGAGGAGGAAGAUGGACUUUGCGCUGGAGAGGCGGGCUGUACUUCGAGGCUGGUGGUGGAGGAGGGGGGAGGAGGGGGGGAGAGAAACAAACGAAAUGCUGACGAAAUGGACAUGACCAAUGAGGCAUCUGCUGUGGGCUGGGACAGCAACAAGAAGAAGCGAAGAGGUAGAGGUGAUAUCAGAUUCUGAACCUGAACAAUAAAGUGUCUGCAUUGACCGUC